UUGACUGCUAUUACUGAGCCACUGCAGGUGUUGGGGGAGAAAUGCUUAAUAAAGACUAAGAGAAAGAAAGGGAAGAGAAAAAACAGAGUGAAGAAAAGGAGUCUUGUAAUCUGCUUGGUAUGCGACCGUGUCCCUGGCUUGUGUGUGAGUGUGUACAGAUGAACGGGACAUUUUGGUCUGGAAUGUGUCUCAGCUAACCUCAGGGGACCUCCGAGAACAUAUACCUCAUCAUGCUGGGAAAGGACUACAUGCUCGCCAUCAUCAUAGUCAAUUAUGAAGAUGAUAUCUGGAAUGAUCAGAGCCUGACGCUGGACUCAGACCUGCCUCCAGGAUGGCGCACUAUACGGGACAGCACCGGUACCUACUACUGGCAUGUUCCUUCAGGCACCACACAGUGGCAGCACCCUUCAUACAGCACAGAGGACGAACAGAGCAUCAGCAACGGACUCCCAGCUAACCAGCUCAAGAGCACUGCAGCAGAUGGGCGGUGUGAGUCUAGAGGGAGGCUAACAGAAAGCACUAUGCAUUCCCUCAGUGAUGGAAUGUCCUGGCAGGAAGAAUACUUCUGUGUGAACAUGGACCCAGAUUCCAAGUGUUUUGCGGUACGCUCGCUGGGAUGGGUGGAGAUUCCCGAGGAGGAACUGGCUCCAGGGAAGAGCAGCCUGGUGGUCAAUAACUGUAUCCAACAGCUCUCUCACAGUAAAGUUGAGGGCCGCGAUGCUGUGGGAGCCUGGGGAGAGGGUCAGGACAUGAUGAUGGUGCUCAAAAAGGACACGCUAAGCCUUCUGGACCCCAUAGACCGCAGUCUCAUCCACUGCCAACCCAUCAUCAGCAUUCGAGUGUGGGGGGUGGGCUGCAACAAUGGCAGAGACAGGGACUUUGCCUUUGUGGCCAGCGAUAAGGACACGUGCAUGCUGAAGUGCCACGUGUUCCGCUGCAACGCACCAGCUAAGACUAUAGCCUCUGCCCUACAUGAGAUGUGCUCCAAGAUCAUUGCAGAGAAGGCAGCAAUGCCACCAUCCGUUCCACGAUCACUUACUAUGGAGAGCAUUUCUCCUGAGGACCUGCCUCACCAGGUCAACUUCAUAGAUGCAGUGAGGCAGAGGAUUCAAAAAUUUGAGGUUGAGUACAUUGGAAAUUUGCCCGUCUCCAGAGCAAUGGGAAUGGAGGUGUUGAACAGGGCUAUUGAGAGCAUCAUGCACUCUAGAGACAGAGACGAAUGGGAGCCAAUUGUCAUUCAUGUGUCAGACACUGUGAUGUCCCUGUGGAGGGGGGAGGAUGGCAAGGACCCUUUUUGGGAAUGCCAGGUACGAUACCUGACCUUCCUUGGCGUCGGUCAUGACACACAUACCUUUGCAGUGAUAGUGGAUGCCGGCACACAGCGCUUUGAGUGUCACGUCUUCUGGUGUGAACCUGACGCUGGGAUCGUAUCCGAGGCAGUACAGGCAGCAUGUAUGGUCCAGUACCAGAAGUGCUUGGUCGCACAGACACCACCUUUGAGGUCAAAAAUGUGGCGAGCCGGCUCUAAAGUCAAACGCGCCAACUCCAUGGAUGGCUCCAGCUUCCCGCCCUGCCACCAAGGAUACACGCAACCCAAAAUGGCUUCCUCUAGCAUAAAGAAAGGCAUGCUGGCAUUUUUUGAGACAUUCCGAAAUAAACCUCCUGUGGUUCCUGCACCAUAGCAACAGAGAUUGGGAGAGGGCAGGAGGAAGAAGUGAUAGGUUUGGGUGGGGGCAGAUUGCAAGAGAUAAUUGGAGGAUGUAAACUAUGAGGAAAGACAUGAGUAAGAUCAAAUAAAAUUGCUUAUUAUUCCCCAGACCUUCGAAAAAUUACAAAGGACAGCCACCUACACUGCAAGUACCUUUAGUGCUUAUACAUAUCUCCUGACUACAGCAGGUAUCCUGAGGUGCUGUGCUCUCACAUUCCACUCUUGUGCUAAGGAGCAUAUAAAUAUAUAUAUGUAUGCAUAUAUAUAUAUAUAUAUAUAUAUAUAUAUAUAUAUAUAUAUAUAUAUAUAUAUAUAUAUAUACACACACACACACACACACACACACACACACACACACACACACACACGGAUAUAAGAGUUGUCUUGACAGAUAUCACCUUGAGAAACUAAUCUAUUAUGUCUGAUGUUACAGUAGGUCAGUGAAGGUGAAGUGGAAACUGGAGAUGCAGCGAAUGUAGAAAUGUGUCCCAAUGUCAAAAUAACAAUCAUAAUAAUAAUAAUAAUAAUAAUAAACUCUAUUUUAUAGAGCGUCUUUAGAAGUAGCUUCUCAAAGCGCUGUACACAAAAUAUUCUAGACCCUUCUCCUGGGAAGUACAGGAUAACGUGCAAUAAUGUGUUUCAGCAUGUGACUUUUUCUUGAUACGUAUCAAUGUAUAGGAUAGUGACCUAAUUCUGGCAUGACAAGUGUUUAGAGGUUAGACAUGUUCUAUUUAGGUCAAAUAGAAGAAAAUUUCAAUUUUACCUAUUAACCUUCAUCCUGGUUUAAUGCAAAGGAUGACAUCUAAUGUUCGAACACUCAGAACUAAAGGAGCAAGUCAGACCAAUCACAGAGAACAUAUCUGGAUAUAUUUUAGGCAUGAGCACACAUUUGACAUACUCUGUUCAAAUUAUAAUUACACCAGGAUGAAAUCAGAAUUGAUUGCUGGUUUCAAAACUGAUGUAGGGAAAGAAACCCUCCAUAAAUCCCAAAAGCCAAAGAAUGCAUAAUUGGCAAUGCUCUGUGAUGCUUGAAGCUUGGUGGCACAGUUGCAUGCAUUUACACAUGCUUGGGAAUGAAAGGCUUUGCUAUGGGCGCAUUUAUAUAAAUAAAAAUUAGAGAGUUCUGCCAGAACUUUUUUAAUGAGUAUGUAAAACUAAAGGAUUGUAUCUGAUACAAGCCAAAACCAUUCCUAUAACCAGGGACAAAGUGCAUCUGUGAUAGAACCCUAAACCUAGUACAACAAUGAAGAAGAACUGUAGCUGAAUUUUGACUUUGUUUUUCACCGUCAAAUGAUUGAAUGUUCAACAAUAAGCUUUCUAAACAUGUUUGAGCGCAUGUCAAUUGGCCACUGGAAUGGCACUACGAAAAAGUCAUAUGACAUUGCAACAAAGAUAUGCAACUGCUCCUUUCCCUUAAGCAUGUCUUAUAUCACCAACAAACUCAGGGUUCCUCAAGACACCAGUGGAAUCAUGGGUAGGAAUGGACAACACUUUCAGCAUAACCUUUGUUCAUUGAAAUGAGCAUUUUUCAGAGAUAAAACUAUCAUGUAUUCCUGUAGCACCGUUCUUACUUUCUGCUCUUUAUACUCUCUGUAAAGAUUUCUUCUUUGUAUAUAUUUGCAGUUCAUUAGCACAGAAAUAGGAUGUUGUGUAAAAUGAGUUUUUUUUUUUUUAUGUUAUUUAUAUUAAGUUGAUAGUAUUGUUGCACUUAUGUAUUGAAACAGAUUCCACUUGUGGUUUGGAAUGGGACAAUAAAACUGCUUAAAUGUCA